AUGUCAGCUUUGUAUUCUCAGGGUAUAAAAUGCGAAUUAGAAUAUAAAAAAUAUUCAAGAGAGAGGAGUAAUGAACCUUUUCACACUGGAAGAGUUAGAGUUCAUUUGAAAAAUGAUGAUGGCACACCAGUUAAUCCAAAUUAUCCUACAAGAAAAUCAAUAAUGUAUCUUUUAGCCGAUUUGAUUCCGAAAUUAAAAACUAGAGCAUCUAAACAGAGUGGUGAUCAAAAUAUAAAUAAUCCUAAAAAAGACAAAGGAAAAGGAAAAAGAAGAUAA